CUCCGGGCACGGGUGGGGUGGCCGGGACCCCGGGUGAGGUUGGGGUCCGUCCCCCCUCACCCCACCCCUUUCGCGGCCAAAGUUUGACUCUGCCUCCCUCUCCCCCCCUCUCCUGUCUGUCUGUGAGUGCAGCUGGGCGCGAUGCUGAAGACGGAGCAGCCCUGGAUCUAACGCGCGGCGCCUCGGAGAGCCUUGCAGCAAUUAUUGCCCGGAUCCCAGACUGAACUUUGCUCUUUUAUUUUUUUUUUUCUUUUUACCUUGUUUUUAUUUUUUUUUUCUUUCGUCUUUUUGUUUUUUUCCCUCCUGUUAUUGUUAAUUAUCGUUACCAACCCGCUUCCGCCGCGCCCUCCCCGCCAAUGCCCGUGUGAGCGCCGGCACCUCGCGGGGGCCAUGGAGGGCUCCACCGGGUUUGGGAUCGACUCCAUCCUCUCCCACCGAGCCGGCAGCCCGGCCGUGCCCAAGGGGGACCCGCUGGUGGGGGACGGCCGGUCCCCGCUGGAGCUGAGCCCCCGCUCGGAGGGCAGCAGCGGGUGCCCCUCGCCCCGCUCGCCGGGCCGCGAGUGCCUGGAGGCGGCGGUGCCGCGGCCGGGCCUGGAUGCGCAUCUCCAGCCGGGGCAGGUCUCGGCUCCCUCGCAGUCCCGGACCGUCACCUCCUCCUUCCUCAUCAGAGACAUCCUGGCCGACUGCAAGCCCCUGGCCGCCUGCGCGCCUUACUCCAGCACCAAUGGACCUCACGGCGGGCAGGAGCCGGCGGGCAGGAUCCCCACCAAGCCCGGCGAGGAUUUUAGGGAGAAAAUGGAAAAAAACACCAGCAGCUCCUCCUCGGACUCGGAGUACAAAGUGAAAGAAGAAGGAGACCGAGAGAUCUCCAGCUCCCGGGACAGUCCCCCGGUGCGGCUGAAAAAGCCGCGCAAAGCCCGCACCGCCUUCACCGACCAUCAGCUGGCCCAGCUGGAGCGCAGCUUCGAGAGGCAAAAAUACCUGAGCGUGCAGGACAGGAUGGAACUGGCCGCCUCCCUCAACCUCACCGACACGCAGGUGAAAACGUGGUACCAGAACAGAAGGACCAAGUGGAAAAGGCAGACAGCGGUGGGCCUGGAGCUGCUGGCUGAGGCUGGCAACUAUUCAGCCCUCCAGAGGAUGUUCCCCUCGCCCUACUUCUACCCGCAGAGUUUGGUCUCCAACCUGGACCCCGGCGCCGCCCUCUACCUGUACCGCGGACCCAGCGCGCCGCCCCCCGCCCUACAGAGACCCUUGGUGCCCCGCAUCCUCAUCCACGGACUGCAGGGCGGCAGCGAGCCCCCGCCGCCCCUGCCCCCGCUGCCCGGCGUCCUGCCCCGGGCUGCGCAGCCCCGGUGA